AUGGAUAAAUCGGUUAAAAUUAAUGAAAAGGGAACAGGAAUUACAGAAUAAAUUUAGAAUGAAAUAGUCACAAUUGUUAAAAAUGCAAUUUAAGUGCAUAAGCAAUUUUUGGGAGAGGUCUGCAAUCAAAUUGCUAAUGUUUUGUGUCAAAAAUAUGGAGGAUGGUGGUGUUGCUUUGUAACAGACAAAGACGCCAAUUACGGAUCAAGAUUAUUUAACUUUGAUCAUAUGUAUUUAGAUGCAACAAUAGAGUAAAAACGAUUUACAAUUUUCAAAUCAGCAAAAUGA